AUGACUUUCGGCUUUGGGGCGAACAUCGUGACCGACAGGGUUAUAAAAAACCAUUCUACAAAUAAAAAAUGGGUCAACCGAUACCGUGAGUACGAGUACCGUCAGCUCGACCACCCAAAAGAUAUUCGAGUGUUAGAACUAGCCCCGGGUGCGCCUAACGAUCCAUUACGGGCCCGAAUUAUUCACAUCUCUCAUAUCCCGGGUACCACAGAGCACGGCAUACUAGGGUGGUCUAUGCAAUACGAUGCAUUGUCAUAUGUUUGGGGUCGCACUUCGGACAACAUGUCUUCUUAUAUAAUAUUGGACGACAAAUACGCUCUCUCGGUCGUGCCAAACCUCGACGUUGCACUUCGACGCUUCCGCUCUCCGACGGUUCCUAGAAUUCUUUGGGUUGAUGCGAUUUGUAUCAAUCAACAGUCUGUCGAGGAGAGGGGCACCCAAAUAACUCUAAUGCUAGAUGUGUAUGCUCGAGCAGAAAACGUCCAAAUCUGGCUCGGCACUGCCAGCAAAGAUAACGCCAUGGGAAUGGAAGUCCUGAAGUACCUUGCUCAAAACACUUUGCACGAGCUAUCGCCGUGGGACCAAAUGCCAGAAGUUGAAUUCUUUUCAGCACUCAACGGAAUUCUUCAACGAGGGUGGUUUCAACGCUUGUGGGUGGUCCAGGAAGCAUGUGUGUCUCGAAAAGCUAUCAUGACGUGCGGGAAUGACAGCUUCCAGUGGGAGAAUAAUCCUAGCCAGAUACUAAAAUUCAUACGACGAAUCAAAUACGCGGUCAUUUCUCCACAGUGGGAACAAGCAGGCCUCUCGCAAGUCAAUAUGGACAUUUUCCUACAACUAUUAGACCUUCAGGUGCAGCAUAUCGAGCGCCAACGCGGAGAGAUUUUGCGGCCGGCCCCAGAUAUCUUGGAUAUUGCAUAUAGUACUCGCCACCGGCAGGCUGUAGACCGGCGAGACAAGCUAUUUGCUAUUAUGGGACUGGUUGAUCAAAGCGACAGGACUUUUUUCCGACCUGACUAUAGUAUGGAGGUAGAAAAAGUCUUCAAGGGUUUAUUAGAUUCGAUUGAAAUUUGA